AUGAAUGCCAUGAUCAUGUCACAUUCGUUACAUAAUGUACUCACAAGCUGGGGGCAAACUAACAGCUCCACACUGAAGCCACUAGCAACCCUGUACAAACAAACCCUCAAAGUACUGGACCAGAAACCUAACCGCUCCCAUCACUGUGCCAUCCUCAACAAGUGUAACAUCCUGAGUUGGGAAGAUUUAAUAAAAUAUAAGAACAUCUUCCUGGUGUACAAAAUCCUGCGUAACUUACCCAGACACCAUCUUUUGACUCAUGUCCACAUUCUCUCCUUUCAGGACAGUGUCCAACCAGUGAUAAUAAAGGAGGAAGGACUGGACGCGUUGGCCGACCAGGCGUCCUCUGACUCCGGUCAGUACAGAGAAGAGCCGGGCCAGGACAAUGACGACGACCCAGACUACCAGAUGGAGCCAGACGAUCCAGAUGACGGUGACCCAGGAUUAACUACCAGACCUAGACGUGUUGUUAAGCCAAAGUCCCUACGAGGUAGAGCGAAGAAGGAGAACCAGAACCAGCAGCCUCUGAGCUGCAGACUCUGCAGGAAGACGUUCACCAAGCUGCUGCACCUGAAGGCCCACCAGGCUGCGCACGGGACCAACGCAGAGAAGCCUUUCUGCUGCUCUCAGUGUGGCAGAGGCUUCUCCUUCCAGCGGAGCCUCAACGCUCACAUGCUGCUUCAUACAGGUGAGAGACCACACACCUGUGAUGUUUGUGGGAAGGGCUUCACUCUGAAGCAGCUGCUGAGGAACCACCAGCGCCUGCACGCCGAGGUCCGGCCGUUCUGCUGUGAGCAGUGCGGGAAGAGCUUCUACCGAGCACACGGCCUGAAGAUGCAUCAGAUGGUACACACGGGGGAGCGGGCCUACAACUGCCAGUACUGCAACAAAAGCUUCACCAUCCAAGGAAACCUGCAGCGCCAUCUGCGCAUCCACACAGGGGAAAAGCCCUUCAGGUGUGAGACUUGUGGCAAGAGCUUCAACCAGGCGGACACUCUGAAGGGCCAUCAGCGGAUCCACACCGGGGAGCGCCCCUUCAGCUGUGAGACCUGCGGCAAGUGUUUCAUCCAGAAGAGUGCCCUGAAGAUGCACCAGAAGACCUCCCACCCAGGCUCCAGGGAGAGGUCUCUGGCCUGCGUGGCGUGCAGCACCACGGUGACCUGCGUGGACUCGCUCCGGAAACACCUCCAGACCCACGCGGCCACCAUCCCCUGUACGUGUGUGAUCUGUGGCCGGCGGCUCAGCUCCAUCACAGACCUGCGCUCUCACCAGCAGCACCACACGGUGGACCGGCCGCACAGCUGCGGGCUCUGUGGGAAGAGCUUCAAGUCGUCCAGUUACCUGAAGAUUCACCUGAAGACGCACAGCGGGGAGAAGCCCUUCUCCUGCGACAUCUGCGGACGCAUGUUCACACAGCACAGCAGCCUUAAAUCACAUCAGUUCGUCCCACCAGGAGAGAAAGCCGUUCAGCUGCGACACAUGUGGGAAGUGUUUUAGCAACACAGGAAACCUGAACAGACACCAGCGCAUCCAC